AUGAGCAGACUCGAGCUGUAUUCGCCAGAAGGACUCAGAGUGGACGGUCGACGCUGGAACGAGCUGCGACGGUUUGAAUGCAGAACAAACACCCACCCGCACGCGGCAGACGGGUCCGCGUACGUCCAACAGGGAAACUCCAAGAUCCUGUGCCUGGUGAAAGGCCCGAUGGAACACGGGGCAAACUUGGCCGCAGGAACGAAACUCGACGCUAACGGGCCUGUGCUCUCGAUCACAAUCAACUACCCGCCGUUCGCAGCAAACGACCGCAAAAAAAGACAGAAAAACGAUAGACGACUACAGGAAAUCAGCAUUAUUCUGAAACGGUGCUUUAUGAAGACCAUCGUGCUGAAAAAUUACUCCAGAACAGUCAUAGACAUCAGUCUCACGGUGCUGGCCAUGGACGGCGGCUUGCUGGCGUGUUUCUGCAACGCCAUCACGCUGGCUCUGAUCGACGCUGGUAUCUCGUUGUACGAUUACGUCAGCGCCAUUAGCAUCGGGCUGUUUGAUCAAACACCUUUGCUGGACAUGAACACGCUGGAGGAGUCCGACCUGAGUUUCGUGACGAUCGGCGUGGUUGGGGAUUCCGAUAAGUUAAAUUUGAUGCUAUGUGAAGAUAAGAUCCCGCUGGACAAGCUCGAACGGCUCAUCAGUCUGGGGAUCGAAGGGUGUCACCGCGUGAAGCAGCUGAUGGACCACCAGAUGCGCGUGGCCGGCCAGGAGCUGCAGGAGCGGCAGUAG